GCAAGAAGGAAAAAAAGAAAGUCUUAUGAACUUUGCUUGAGUCUUAAGAAUUUUCUUAGUCCAAAUUAAUGAAACCUUAAGAUUCCCAUUAUUGCCUAAGGCCGCAAAAAAAUGGGGAACGCACUCAGGUUCCUCUGUGGCCACUUCUGCCAUCCCACCUCCGAUUCCUUGCCUCCUCACGCCGCUCUAUCUUCCUCCACUGCCGGCGUCUCCGCUCUUGCUCACGAUCUCUUUGAAUUCGAGAUCACAUCACAGGUUCCUCCAGGACUUGGUAAGCAUGUGGUUUCAUCGAAGAAGGCACAGGCGAAUUGGUAUGGAAAAUUGGCUGAGGCUUGGAAGUCGGAGAAACCAACUCCACGAACUCCUGAAGAAGCUUCUAGGCUUGUGAUUCAGACCCUCAAAAGACACCAAAAGAAAGAUGUCGAGGGACUAUUGACAUUCUAUGGUCUUCCUCUUCCUCAUACUCUCGUCAAACCUUCUGCUCCAGCCCCAACUGCCGCCUCCAUACCCGAGGGAGUCAAGUUUGAGCUGCAGACACUGCCAGUUGAUGCCAAAGCUGUAGCAGAUGGUGAUACAGUGACUGUGCAUGUGAGUACAUCACACCCCAGAGAGUCCUCUUGUGUUCCAAAAGAGGUUAGAAAUGCAGCCCUUCAAAGAUCACGAGCUAGAAACGCAAAGAACUAUGCAAAGGCUGAUGCUCUUCACAAGACAAUAACGGAUGCUGGUUACAGGGUAAUUACUUUUCAGAAUGAGGAGGUUCUUGCAAAAAAGUACAGAAUUCGUCUCAGAGGAAUAGACGCACCAGAAAGUACAAUGCCUUAUGGGAAAGAAGCAAAAGAAGAACUGAAAAGGCUUGUAGAAGGCAAGUGUUUGAGAGUACUUGUUUAUGGUGAAGAUCGGUACAAUCGAUGUGUUGGUGACUUGUAUUGUAAUGGAAAGUUUAUUCAGGAAGCAAUGCUGAAAAAAGGGUUUGCUUGGCAUUACACAGCCUAUGACAAACGUCCAGAGCUGUCAAAGUGGGAAAAUGAGGCUCGGGCUAAAAGGGUUGGGUUGUGGGCUUCUUCAAACCCAGAUAAGCCAUGGGAAUGGAGAAAGGGAAAGCGUGAAGGGAAAUAAUAAUGGCUGCUAGUUGCUAUUGCUGCUUCAAUACACAACACUUAAUAAUUU